AUGUUCCCGGGCGGUUUGCCAGUCGGCGCAAGCGUGCAAGUAGGUGAAUAUCAAGAACACUUCAAUUACAACGAUGCCGGUAAAAGCAAUCAAGACGAUUUCGUCGGCCAGGGUAAGCUGUCAAUGGAUGAAAAGGAUAUGAGUGGGGUCUUUUUUGAAUGUGAACUGACUGAAGCUCAGAAUGGCGUCGGUGCCUUCAUCUUGCAAUGCAAGCGCCUUGACUUCCACUAUUGCAACUUCGGCGGAAGCUCCCGGGGCAUGCUUUCCUUCCUAACAACAGAUCUUGCUGCCUUUGCCCGUGAACACCCCCAGAUCGAGAUCCGCGUCUCCCCCCGACCAGCAAAGCACCCUGUUAUCAAGGGCCACUACAUCAAUGGCCAGGAGAAAGCCAUCUGCGUGCGAAACCUCGAGCCCAGCGAAAUUAUGAAGAAGACCAACAUUCUCAAGGAGGCCAACGGCGAGAAGCUGAAGCGCACCAAGAAGCCCGUGACGAGUCUGAACGAGAGUGUGCGUGGUAUCUGGUCGCCUUACCACGGUGAUCUGCGCGGCGUAUGA